AUGUACCCAGUGCAGCUUCCAGCAGGUGGACCUGGCAUAACUCCACAGGCUUCAGGAUCUUCGACAAUGCAGUACAUUCCUCCAUUUGCUUCUGGAGAAGCUUCAACACCGGCACCUGUACCAGUUGCAGAUUUUGUCUCUCCACCACGGCCGAAUGUUGGUGGUCAAGGUAGAACGAUUCAACUACGGGCAAAUUAUUUUCAGAUUUCUAUUCCCAAAGGCUUCAUUCAACAUUAUGAAGUGGCCAUAUCACCUGACAAGUGUCCAAGGAGGGUCAACAGAGAAAUAAUUGAAAGCAUGGUGCAAGCAUACAGUGCCAAAAUAUUCAGAGGAGAAAAACCUGUAUUUGAUGGUAGAAAAAACUUGUACAGCCGAAUCCUUCUGCCUUUUGAGAGAGAACGGGUUGAACUUGAAGUAACGUUACCUGGAGAAGGUAAAGAUAGAAUCUUUAAGGUUGCUAUCAAAUGGGCAUCUCAAGUGAAUCUCUACGCCCUAGAGGAGGCUUUAUCAGGACGAACACAGCAGAUUCCAUUUGAUGCCAUCCAAGCAUUAGAUGUGGUGAUGAGGCAUCAGCCUAGCAUGACAUACACACCUGUAGGCCGUUCUUUCUUCACUCAACCAAAAACAAAACACCAUCCAUUAGGAGGAGGUCGGGAAGUAUGGUUUGGUUUUCAUCAAAGUGUUCGACCGUCCAACUGGAAAAUGAUGCUAAAUAUAGAUGUCUCUGCCACUGCCUUCUACAAAGCCCAGCCUGUCACAGAGUUUAUGUGUGAUGUUUUGGAAUUGCGAGAUCUCCAAGAUCAAAAACGGCCACUCACAGACUCUCAGCGAGUAAAGUUCACAAAAGAAAUUAAAGAAAGUGGUCAAACAGUUGAGUGUACAGUUGCCAGAUAUUUUUAUGAAAGAUAUAAAAUCAGAUUAAUGUACCCUUAUUUACCUUGCCUUCAAGUUGGACAAGAACAGAAACACACCUACCUCCCAUUAGAAGUGUGCAACAUUGUAGGAGGACAACGUUGCAUCAAGAAAUUAACAGAUAUGCAAACGUCGACAAUGAUCAAGGCAACAGCUCGUUCAGCUCCUGAUAGAGAGCGAGAUAUUAACAGUUUGGUAUCUAAAGCUAACUUUAGUGGCGACCCAUAUCUGUAUCAGUUUGGGGUCAGAGUUAAUCCCAAAAUGGUAGAAGUUGAGGGACGUGUUAUUGAUGCCCCAAAAAUCCAAUAUGGUGGCCGGACGAAAGCCUUAGCCAUUCCUAAUCAAGGAGUUUGGGAUAUGCGAGGGAAACAAUUUUAUAAUGGUAUUGAGAUUCGAGUGUGGGCCAUUGCAUGUUUUGCUACUCAAAAAUCUGUGAAGGAAGAAGCUCUUCGGAGCUUUACCCAACAACUACAGCGGAUAUCUAAUGAUGCAGGAAUGCCAAUUUGUGGACAACCCUGCUUUUGUAAAUAUGCCAGUGGCCCAGAACAUGUUGAUCCCAUGUUCCAAUACUUAAAAAACAAGUUCCAAGGAUUGCAGCUAAUUGUGGUCAUUCUGCCUGGGAAAACACCUGUCUAUGCUGAAGUGAAACGUGUUGGGGAUAUUACAUUUGGGUUGGCCACGCAGUGUGUUCAAGCCAAGAAUGUCACCCGUACGUCAGCUCAAACCCUAUCCAAUUUGUGUUUAAAGAUCAAUGUCAAACUGGGUGGGAUCAACAGUAUUUUGCUUCCUAGCAUUCGACCUGCUGUCUUUCGUGAACCUGUUAUUUUUAUUGGUGCUGACGUCACCCAUCCACCAGCUGGAGACAGUAGCAAACCUUCCAUAGCUGCUGUGGUCGGAAGUAUGGAUGGACACCCUAGUCGAUACUCUGCUUCUGUACGUGUUCAAGAACAUCGGAAAGAAAUUAUUCAAGAUCUGUCAUUUAUGGUGAAGGAUCUUCUCAUGGAAUUCUACAAGUCUACUCUUUUCAAACCAGCUCGUAUUAUUUUCUACAGGAACGGUGUCAGUGAAGGACAAUUUCAGCAAGUUUUGAGUUACGAGCUUCGUGCCAUUCGGCAGGCUUGUAUAAAUCUUGACGUUGGCUAUCAGCCUGGAAUUACAUUUAUUGUUGUACAGAAACGACACCACACCCGGUUGUUUUGUUCUGACCCGCGUGACCAGAUUGGUCGAAGUGGAAACAUCCCAGCAGGAACAACUGUGGAUCAUGGCAUUUGCCAUCCAACAGAAUUUGAUUUCUUCUUAUGCAGUCAUGCUGGCAUUCAGGUACAUUUCUUCAUAUUUUCUUCUUUUAUAAACAAGUUCUUUUCUUCAAUAAAUUCCUCCUCAUUAUUAUUAUAA